CCCACAUACCGGAAAAGAUCGUAUGGAAGGGGUGUGCGUGAAGAUAAAGUUGACAGUAGUUGCCUAAUAUUUUACAGUUCAGGAUCAGCCUGACUAGCGAUAAGAACCAUACAGACGAAAAGUUGGUGACCCGCCGAACAUCGUGGUCAGUUUGACAUCUUCUCCCGGGCUAACGUUAGUUUCCAAGCACGAUGUUUGAAAUAAAGAAGAUAUGCUGUAUUGGGGCUGGAUAUGUUGGAGGGCCCACUUGCAGCGUGAUCGCUCAAAUGUGUCCCAAAAUCCGCGUCACGGUGGUGGACGUCAAUGAAUCUCGAAUCAAAGCCUGGAACUCGGAUGUACUACCUAUUUACGAGCCAGGCCUCAGUGAUGUGGUUUUCUCCUGUAGAGGUAAAAAUCUCUUCUUCUCUACCGACGUUGAUUCUGCCAUCAAAGACGCAGACCUGGUGUUCAUCUCUGUGAACACGCCCACUAAGACGUACGGCAUGGGGAAAGGCCGCGCUGCGGACCUCAAGUUCAUUGAGGCUUGUGCUCGGCGCAUCGUGGAGAUGUCUGAUGGUUACAAAAUUGUCACAGAGAAAAGCACUGUGCCUGUCCGCGCAGCUGAGAGCAUCCGCAGAAUAUUUGAUGCCAACACCAAACCCAGUCUCAACCUACAGGUGCUGUCUAACCCAGAGUUUCUUGCGGAGGGGACAGCCGUACGGGACCUGAAACAGCCAGACCGUGUGCUGAUUGGUGGAGAUGAAACACCAGAGGGGCAAAGGGCCAUCCGGGCAUUGUGUGCCGUUUAUGAGAACUGGGUCCCCAAAGAGCGCAUCAUCACCACAAACACCUGGUCAUCUGAACUCUCCAAACUGGCUGCGAAUGCAUUCCUUGCUCAGCGCAUCAGCAGCAUCAACUCCAUCUCAGCACUGUGUGAGGCCACUGGAGCGGAUGUGGAGGAGGUGGCCAAAGCCAUCGGCAUGGACCAGCGCAUCGGCAGCAAGUUUCUGAAAGCCAGUGUGGGAUUUGGAGGGAGUUGUUUCAAGAAAGAUGUGCUGAACUUGGUAUAUCUUUGUGAAGCUUUGAACCUACCUGAGGUUGCAUCAUAUUGGCAACAGGUAAUCGACAUGAAUGAAUACCAGAGGAGAAGAUUCGCUAGCAGGAUCAUUGACUGUCUGUUCAACACAGUGACAGGCAAAAAGAUCGCCCUGCUUGGCUUCUCCUUCAAAAAGGACACAGGAGAUACCAGGGAGUCCUCCAGUAUCCACAUCUCUACAUAUCUUAUGGACGAGGGAGCGAAACUGCACAUCUAUGACCCCAAAGUACUCAAGGAGCAGAUUAUACUGGACCUGUCAGGAGACAAGCCAGAGAGAGUAUCUGAGCUGGUUACCGUGACGACGGACCCCUAUGAUGCGUGUGCAGGAGCCCAUGCUCUGGUCAUCUGUACGGAGUGGGACAUGUUCAAGGAGCUGGACUAUGAGAAGAUCUAUAAGCGAAUGCUAAAGCCAGCAUUCCUAUUUGAUGGACGCAGAGUCUUGGAUCACCUGCACCCUCGACUCCAGAACCUUGGCUUCCAGAUUGAGACCAUUGGGAAAAAAGUAACACCAGCCCGGAUUCCAUUCACUCCUCCUGUUGGAAUGGCACGCAUCACCCUCAAUGAACCCCCUGCAAAGAAGGCCAAAGUCUAACAUGCUCUACCUCAAGCUGGUUGAACUCCCUUGGAGAUGCACACAACUGUAUUACAGCUGUUGACUCAAAUCUUCUGUAUAGCUGUACAUAAACACACCAGCUAAAGACUCUGAAUACCUCUGGUUAAUCAUCUCACAGCUUCCAAUUGGUAUGUGGCGACAGAUUUCUAGAGGCCACUGAAAAACUGAUUUUUAUCACCAGCCUGAUCAGUUGGUGUUAGUUAAUUAUCACAUCACUAUUCAUAAGGAAUAGAAACCAUGUGUUACGUGUCUGACAAUGUGGUUUCUUUUAUUAUGUCACUUUAGUCAGAAGCCAGUCAGUCUGCUCUAGUCUAACGGUCACAUUGUGGAUGUUACGGAACUACAACUGAUCACAUAGAACUAACCACGAUGUCUGUCUUGUUCGAGAACACUGACAUAUUGUGAGUGGAUGUGUUUUUGUUCUUUUUUUAACAAAAUCUUUUAUAUGGUAUGAAUUUUGUGAAAAUACACAAAUGAUUGUAAUACUGGACCAAUCAGAUGAGACAUUAAACAUGUUGCAGCUUUA